UUCCUUUACAUUUUUGCUCGGUAGGUAGCAUUUGCAGAGCAGAGCUUCUCGGAAGCGAAAAAGGUUUUUUCAAGGGUUAGGGUUUUUCUAGGGUUUUCAUCCAUUCUCUUUUAAAGCAACUCCAUUUUUAGGGUUUCGAUCUCUGCAACACUCUCCUUAUCUCUCUCUCUCCGUCGUUUCGGAGUCGGAUUGUAGAACUCUCAGCAGCGAGAAUGGGGUUCCAGAUGCAGCCGUACGGAGUACAAGCGAUGCUGAAAGAAGGCCACAAGCAUCUCUCUGGCCUCGACGAAGCGGUCCUCAAGAACAUUGAUGCUUGCAAGCAGCUCUCCACCAUCACCCGAACUUCGCUCGGACCGAACGGUAUGAAUAAGAUGGUCAUUAAUCAUUUGGACAAACUCUUUGUGACAAACGAUGCUGGAACUAUUGUGAAUGAACUUGAGGUACAACAUCCUGCUGCCAAGAUUCUGGUGUUAGCAGGCAAAGCUCAACAGGAAGAAAUUGGCGAUGGAGCUAAUCUAACGAUAUCUUUUGCUGGGGAGCUUCUCCAAAAUGCAGAGGAGCUUAUUAGGAUGGGAUUGCAUCCAAGUGAAAUCAUUAGUGGCUACACAAAAGCGAUCAAUAAGACGGUUGAAAUUUUAGAUGGGUUGGUUGAAAAGGGCUCGGAAACAAUGAAUGUGCGGAACAAGGAUGAAGUUGUUUCCCGAAUGAAAGCUGCUGUGGCCAGCAAGCAGUUCGGACAAGAAGAUAUUUUGUGCCCUCUUAUUGCGGAUGCAUGCAUCCAGGUCUGCCCCAAGAACCCAGUCAACUUUAAUGUAGAUAAUGUUCGUGUCGUAAAGCUUCUUGGAGGAGGUCUUCAUAACUGUUCAAUUGUUCGUGGCAUGGUCCUGAAAACUGAUGCUGUUGGAAGUAUAAAACAAGUGGAAAAUGCAAAGAUUGCUGUGUUCUCCGGAGGUGUUGAUACAUCUGCAACUGAGACAAAAGGAACUGUUCUAAUUCAUAGCGCUGAGCAGCUAGAAAACUAUGCAAAAACAGAGGAAGCAAAAGUUGAGGAGCUUAUAAAAGCAGUUGCAGACUCAGGUGCUAAAGUUAUUGUCAGUGGAGCGGCAGUUGGAGAGAUGGCAUUACAUUUCUGCGAGCGUUACAAGCUCAUGGUCUUGAAAAUCAGCUCAAAAUUUGAAUUACGACGAUUUUGCCGUACAACUGGAGCUGUAGCACUUUUGAAGCUUAGCCAGCCAAAUCCAGAUGAACUGGGAUAUGCCGACUUUAUUUCAGUAGAGGAAAUUGGUGGCGCUCGGGUCACUAUUGUAACAAAUGAACAAGGUGGAAAUUCUGUGUCAACUGUGGUUUUACGCGGAAGUACUGACAGUAUAUUAGAUGACCUUGAAAGAGCAGUUGAUGACGGUGUGAAUACCUAUAAGGCAAUGUGUAGGGAUAGUCGCACAGUUCCUGGAGCUGCAGCAACAGAAACUGAAUUAGCUAGAAAACUGAAGGAAUUCUCUUUUAAAGAAACAGGAUUGGAUCAGUAUGCUAUUGCUAAAUUCGCUGAAAGCUUUGAGAUGAUACCUAAAACACUGUCUGAGAAUGCUGGACUCAAUGCAAUUGAGAUCAUUUCCUCUCUAUAUGCUGAGCAUGCAGCAGGAAACACCAAAGUGGGUAUUGACUUGGAGGAAGGUGCCUGCAAAGAUGUCACGACCAUGAAUAUCUGGGACCUACAUGUCACCAAAUUCUUUGCACUCAAGUAUGCUGCGGAUGCUGCCUGCACUGUCCUUCGUGUGGAUCAGAUUAUAAUGGCGAAACAAGCUGGCGGCCCAAAGAGAGAUCAACCUGCAGGGAUGGAUGAGGAUUAAUUGUUGGUAAUCUUUGCAGUUCUAAUCUCUAUAUAGUAGUCGUUCUGAUCUCAGCUACUUGAGGGGUGUUCUUUGGCGUUGAGUCUCCCGGCAAACAGAUUUUGAUUCAUCGAACUUACAAAAACCAUCUUUACUUGUAUACUGGAAUGUUUCGGUGUCCGAGCUAGUCCUGUGAGUGGGGGGUGGUUUGCUGAAUGUGUUGUUGCGUGCUGUGUUUUGCAGCCAAUGAGAUUUGAAUCAUGGAUCAGGCCUUGUAUUAUGCCAGUGGGUCAUGAGAAAUGAGGGGUAUGCAGGUUGAUGUUCAAUUUUAGUGAAGAGAACGUCCUUUGAUGCCA